CUUCAGGGUCACACUAAGUGCCCUGAGCAAGUUUACAAAUCAAAAAAUCACAUCCCCAAUGUUGGACAGGCAGAUGAGCAGCAUCAGCGGGAUGCCGACGAUGGCAUAGAAAUCGUUGUCACCUUGCCCCAGUCGGAUUUUAAGGUCUUUUAAGGCUUUAUUUAGCUGUCACAAAGUUGAAAAGAGUAAACGUGUACAUUUCCAAGUGCUGGAAACAAAAGUUUCACACCAUAUUUUGGGUGGCAUCAUUUUUACGCGCUAAAAAGUGAAUUUUGAGUUUUGUGCUGUAAAAUGGACACAUCGAACAACGUACGCCUGCAACUUCAGCAGCAGCAGGCACGCAAAUCGAAUCAAAACAUUCAGGUCUAUGUGCGCGUUAGGCCGCUGAAUGCACGCGAGCGAUGCAUACGCUCCGCAGAGGUUGUGGAUGUGCUCAAUCCACGCGAGAUCCUCACACGCCAUACCCUCGACUCGAAGUUGAAGAAGUUUACGUUUGAUCGGAGCUUCGGCCCCGAGUCCAAGCAAUGCGAUGUCUAUGCGGUGGUGGUGUCGCCCCUGAUCGAAGAGGUGCUAAGCGGCUACAAUUGCACGGUGUUCGCAUACGGACAGACGGGUACUGGCAAGACGCACACGAUGGUGGGGAAUGAGACCGCGGAGUUGAAGCCCUCUUGGGAAGAUGACUCUGAUGUGGGCAUCAUACCGCGUGCCUUGAGUCACCUUUUCGACGAACUCCGCAUGAUGGAAGUUGAGUUUACGAUGCGCAACUCCUACCUGGAGCUGUACAACGAGGAGCUGUGCGACCUCCUCUCCACCGAUGAUGGGCCGGCCAACUGCCAGAAGAACACUCCAGCCAACAUCGCGGUUGACGUGGCACCUUGGACCACCUGGAAGGACGCCGACAGGACCCUGCAACUGCUUUUCGGCCAUCCACGGCCCAUCACCCCACCCAGGCCCGAGAGGGAGAUCAUCCCCGCGUCGGACAACGACACAACAAGCGACGACGAGGUACAGCUCCUAGGAGAGGACGACACCACUCCGCUACGGAUCAGCGACGGCAGUCUGGGCGAUGCGCUGCCCCGACGGCUCCGGAACCUCGGCCUUCAGGAUGAACACGAGCCACCCAGACACGUAACCGGCAAUGAGCUGCCCCAACUGCUCCAGGAACUCGGCCUGGGGGACGGACCCGUGUCUCCGAUACCCAGGGAUUACGGAGACGAGGAGGUAGCCUGGAUCCUGGGAGGGCAGGAGAACCCAAACGGCCCGAUCCCGGACACCAGCUGGGACGACGGGUGGCACGCCAGACUGCAGGAGUGGGACGCGCAAGAGGAGGCGGCAGCCCCGGAAAGAGGGGAGAAUCCCGAUUGGCAGCCGCUGGACCACGCACCAAUGAAGUGGCUAUCGCCAGCUCCCACCGACCACAACGCCCCGAACCCGGAACCGACGAGCUGCACGGCCCGAGAGGCCGAACCAGGAAACCCGAGCCAACCAAAGGAGGACAGCGACCUGUCAUUGGGCUUGGAAGAGGCAGAGGCGGGCGGACUGCUUACAGCUUUCGAGGAGAUGCCCGAGCUAAACGCGCUGCAGGAGGAACAGGAAUGGCCAAUCGCCCCAGUCGCCUGGCGGGUAAGCACGCCUGACCGCCGCAUCCCGCAAAGCCUGCUGGAAGGCGCCAGCGCUCAGGCAAACGCGGCGCGUCACGGGCGCAGCCGGAUCCGCAGCCUAGAACACCACCACGGCCAACACUUCCGCGUAUGCAUCAGCGGAAAUUUGGUGCGCAUUUCACCGCGCCCCACCCCGAAGUAGGAAGGGAGUGUGAAGGCAUAAGCCUCCACAACACUGACCACGACACCAUCCCCUGAAGGGACCGCCCCGACGGCUUGUUAUCUAAUUUCAUUAUUAUCUCAGUUCAUUAUCACUAUUAUCCGAUUUUAUUACUUCUAUUAUUAUUAGUAUUACCAAGACAAACAACAAUGAAUCCUUAUUUUUACCCA